AUGAUGACGAUAAACGUCCAUAGUCAUGGAUUUCUCAAAUAUGUGAUGCAUCAUCUGUUCGCCGAAGGAAAAUAUCUUAGUGACACUGAACAUAUUGAUCAUUCUCUAUCAGUUAAUAAUUUAACAUUACUAUGUCUAAUUAGUAUUGAAUGUUCAGGUGAUAAUAUUGUUCCUCAAUCAACUAUGGCCAUAAAUAAAUUUACACGAAUAGAUGAAAUUUUUUGUUCAUAUUUCCCACAUAUGGCUGAUACAUGUUUACAAUCUGAAGUUGAUUAA